CUUCUAAAGAGAAAUGGCAAGCUGAUGGGUUGUACCAUUCUCCAACCACAGGGCAACACAUGGAACUCAGUGAAGAAAACCGACAUCCAUUUCUGCACUACAAGCUCGCUGCCUCCCCCGCCCAGGUUUAGUGUCAAUGGAGCAGCUUGCUAUGCAAGCUGGAGGGGGAGAGAGCUCGAGCAGUUAGUGAACCAGCUGAUCAGAGAAGCAUAGGCAGAUUCAGGGAGAGGAGGUGGACAUAUGAAGAAAAGAGCUUUCAACUAGUAAGUAGAAAUGGUUCCUUCCACACAUGGGAGACCUUGUGAGGAAAGAAUCCUGAUAAGAUGAUGUGAGAACACAUGGGGGAAAUUUAAAGAGGAAGAAGAAGCGAAAGGGAUCUCUGCCAAGUGAGCAGAUUGACGGAUCAGUCGACAGCUCCUCUGGGGUAAGGGGAGAGAUGUCUUGGUUGUCACCUGUGUCAUGGGCCAAAUGGACGUGGACGGCGGUGCGAGGAGCAGAUGAGGAGGGGAUCGAGGAGAGGGAACAUCAUAGAGAGCAAAGGGAGGAGGAUGAUGAUGAUGAUGAUGAAGAGAGAUCUCAAGGCUGCAGCUCUGAUUCAGACGGUCAUUUUGACACUCCCGAGGCAGCAACUCCUGUCCGCGGCCCACCGAUCGUCCCAGGAGAGCUGGAGAGUGACAGCGCUGACAACAAAACAGAUGCCGAUCAGGAUGAGAACCUGAUUGUUACAGCUCCAAUCAGGGACCACAAUAAUUUGCUCUUUGACAACAUGUGUCAGGAUGAGGCAGCUGUGCCCAUGCAAGACCCUUUAGAGAUGAAUAGCAAAGACCUAGAACCACAACAAAAUGCGUGCCUGUCAAAGCCGAUAAACUAUGAACCUGUUCCUGAUUCAUUCCCUGUGACAUCAAUUUCUGAAAAGGUCAAAUGCACAGUUCCAUGGCCAGAACCCCCCCGAGAAGCGACAUUGGUUCCUGAAGUGGUGAAUUGCACUCUUUUAUCACCGGACCCACCCAACGACACAAUUCCUAUCUUGGUUAAUGAACCAGAUCUAGAUCUUGCUCCAGCUUCUUCUCCUGCUCCUGCAACAAACUCAAUCCAAAGCAGUGACGCUCUGGAGCAACCAGAGAAGCCUCUCAUUGAUUCAGAACCACAAUACAGUGGUGUCACCAAAGAAUCAGAAUCCAGCUCCAAAAAAAAUACACGCAAAUCUAAACCGCCAUCCUUGUCAAUAAAGGAGACACCAAGGGAGGAUGCACAAGCAAAUGACGAACAAGAACUUCCUGUUCCCAAAGCCUCCUACAAAUUUGACCCAGACCAGAUAGAUGACAGUUUUAACCCUUUCACUAGCGGUGGAUCCAAAGUCCAGAACUCUCCACCACCAUGCAGUUCAAUAACUUUCCCCAGACCUGAGCCACUUGGUAGCUCUCUGAUUGAGGACAGUGCAUCAGCACCAAUAGAAGAAUCAACAUCAGAGGUCAAACCUGUGAUGCUGGAAUUUGGUCUGGAUGAGGGGACAGUCAGCAAACCACCUCCAAAGAAACUAGGAUGUAGAAAAACAACCAGCAAACUCAAGAAUCAAAUAAGGCCCAAGGUUUCAGAGACUUCCUGCGAACCAGCACCAGAACCUGCAGCUCCAGAAUUAGUUUCUGACCUAACAUCUGUUUCUGACAAUGCACCAGAAACGAAAGUGCAAGUUUCAGACUCCACUGUGCCGUUUAACCUGGAUGAUGUUCCUAUUCCAAGGAAAGGGACAUAUAACUUUGAUCCCAGUCAAUGGGAUGACCCCAACUUCAAUCCGUUUGGGAGCAACAGUACAUUGAGUAGUUCUCCAGUGCUCCCCAAAGGCUCCUACAGUUUCGAUCCAGACAAGUUUGACAAUACCGUGGACCCUUUCAAGCCCUCCAGCACCAUGAGCAACGACGAUUUGUCCAGUGGUUCCACUCAGUCUGAGAAAAAAACAAAAGACGGAAGCAAACAGAAAGCAGCGCAACCUGUGGGAGAGAAGAAAGUUCGGCAGACUCCAAAGAAAAGCAAAGAGAGGACAGCCAACCUCAGGACAUCUGAACAAGCCAACUUUCUCUGUUUUCUUUUGAAUCCCUGUAAAGUUGAGAAACAUGAUGAGAGCCAGUUCCAAAUGCAGGACACGCGGAAGCCGGAGGAGGAUGAGGUGGUGGUUCACACCCCAGAGAUCUCGCAGCAUGUCAACCACGCCACUGACGAGGAGAAGCUGGCGUCGACAGGAAUCAUGGGUCAGACUACCCAAGAUGAGCACCAGCAGAAAGGAGAGUCUGAAUGCACUAAACAGCCCAUCGAUGACAUCCCUGUCACAGAUGCUCCUAAGGUGGUGGAUCAUGAAGAUGAGAAGGACAAAUGUGUUCUAAAAGAUGACACAUGUGACAAUCUAACGAUGUGCAGCAGUGAUACAGAUGCUGCAGUCCUCUCCCAAGACAAAAUUUCCCUGACUGAGAUUGACAAGGCUGCAGUGCUGACUCUCAUCAGAGAAGAGAUAAUCACAAAAGAGAUUGAGGUGAAUGAGUGGAGGACAAAGUAUGAGGAAAGCAGAGCUGAAGUUUUAGAGAUGAGGAAAAUUGUUGCUGAGUACGAAAAGACAGUUGCCCAGAUGAUUGAGGAUGAGCAGGAGCAGAAGACGCUAUCCUGUAGUGAGUCAGUCAGAAAGCUGACUAUGGAGAGGGACCAGGCCCAGGCUGACCUCAAUUCGGUGGAGCGCUCCUUUGCUGACCUCUUCAGGAGGUAUGAAAACAUGAAGGGGGUCCUGGAGGGCUUCAAGAAGAAUGAGGAGGUCCUGAAGAAGUGUGCACAGGACUACCUGACACGCAUCAAGCAGGAGGAGCAGCGUUACCAAACCCUCAAAGUGCACGCCGAGGAGAAACUGGAUAGGGCCAAUGAGGAGAUAGCGCAGGUGCGUUCCAAGGGCAACGCGGAGGGGGUCGCACUCAACGCCAGCCUGAGGAAGGAACAGAUGAAGGUGGACUCGCUUGAAAGAGCCGUCCUUCAGAAGAAUCAAGAGAUUGAGGAGCUCACCAAGAUCUGCGAUGAGCUGAUUGCCAAAUUGGGAACGGAAUAAGACGUCACGUUUGCUUUAUCAAAUAAAAUCAAAAAAAAAAAAAAAAAAAAGAGCACACCAAGCAUUGACACACCAAGUAUCUGGAGUGGAUAUAUACAUUUGCAUACCUCAUAGUAAAAUAUUGAACUCGAGCAGUGUUCAAAGCACAAACGUGAAGCACAGUUUGGUCAUAUGGAAGGCUUAUGUAUAUUUUAGUCACCAAUUAUUGACAGUUGUGGGGGGGGGGGGGGUGCUUGUUGUAUCGCCAUGGCAUCAUUCAUUCACAUCAUACGAAAUGAAGGAUGAUCAUUGCAAAUCAUUUCAGUUAGUGCCUGACCUGAACUUGGUUUAUAGUUUCUUGCUGAGUUUUCAUAUACAAGGUGACUUUUUAAAACAUGUUCACUUUUUAAACAAGUUCACUUUUAUUGAACUCUCCCAAUGCCUAUGAACUCCAGGUGCAUCUCAAUCAAUUAGAAUUUAUUUCAGUAAUCGUAUUCCAAAAGUGAGCACACAAAGUUAAAUAUUACAUGAUUUUGUUUUUAUAGCUGAUGAUAGCUACCAGCAAACAAAAACUAAAUCCACCAUCUCAAGUAAUUGGAAUAUUAAAAAAGAAACACAAUCAAAUACAUAAUUUAUAAUACACAAAUUAGGUGUGAAUUUGAAUCUAAAAUGUAUUUUCCUGUUUGUUUAAUGAAUUUAAGUAAUGAGUUUCACUUUUUAAAUUAAACUACUGAAAUAUUUUUUCUACAAUACUCAAAUAUAUAGAGAUGCACCUGCAUAUGUAAUGUACAGCUUUUAUGUCGCCCUUUUUUGUUGCUGCAUCAAGUACACUGAUGUACUGCAGCGUGUGCAUUUACAGAUUUGCUGAGUUGUGACACCACGGGCAUGAUGCCACCCAAAUCUGUGGGAUCAUUUAAAAAGACGAGCACUUGAGAAUCAUGCAUUCAGUCAUACAACCUCUUUCACACGUUCACAAGUUUGGGAGUACCCUAUUUAUCCUAACAAGGUGCCAUAUUUCAGAAGCACAUUUUGUCACCACCAUUUUUUUCCCCACCUUUUAUCUAUCCAAAUAAGGUGUGCCUUUAUUGUGUCUCUUUUGUAAAUAUAAAAAAAAAUGUGUCUGUAAGUUCCUCAUGCAGUUCUCUCUUGUGGCCAAAGUGAACGUCUCACAUGUCCAUCCCGUUACGUGAUGAUUGCAAACAAUGUGAAUUUGCGGUUUGAACAUGUUCCAACAUUAAUGGCAUUCUCAGGACUGAUUGAACCCGAGAUGCAGCAAUGUGAUGGAUGGUCUGCUCUUCCAUGGAAACGUUCAGCACAACCUUGCCAAAAAAAUGACAAAUGACAUUCUGUUGCAGUGGUGUUUCAUUCGUUUUGAAUGGUGAAAAUCCAGCGUGUACAUUUUAUACUUCAUGAAAAUACUUCACAUUUGUAUAUGGAAUUAGUACUAUACUCAAAUUGUAUGGUAUAUGGUAUAUUUUGUGCAUUCCUGAAUAAAUAGUUACAUGUUU